AUCACAAUUUAAUUAAGAAAACGAUAAGGCAAUUUUUCUAAAGUAUUCUAGCAUUUAAAAGUGAUUAAAACGCGAAGUAUUUUUGAUUUAGUGACGAAUAGUACGGAAGUUAUAAUCAUUCUCAAUAAUCAAUUGACUAGAUAUACAUCUUCUAGACUCGAGUUGUAACUUUCAUCAUCAAUGGAUCCUUCAGCUCCUCCUAAUCUUGAAAAGCCACCUCCGUAUUCACCCACUGAUCCGAAAGUUCAUGGUGCAGGAAACACGCAAUAUCAACAAUACGGAUACCCUCCUUAUCCACAACCGCAAGCAUACGCAUAUCCACCGUAUCCUCCAGCGCAAGCUUCUGUUCCUCCUGCAUUUGUUUGCAGUUCUACAGCCAAUCUAUUAGGCCCUCGUGCAUGCCCUCAAGGUGCAUAUGGAACGAAUGUCAACAUACAAACUAGUGAAAUCGUUUUCGUCGGCGGUUGUCCCAUCUGCAGAGUUGGCGUUUUAGAAACUGAAUUUUCGUGCGCUGGAGUCCUUUGUGCGAUUUUAUUUUUCCCUCUCGGUGUGUUAUGUUGUUUAGCUAUGCGUGAAAAACGUUGCAGUAAUUGCGGAGUUGUUAUAUCCUAAUUUCCAAGAUCGGGUGAUGAUUUUUCUAUUGGACGCACGACGUUUUCUACGAUAUUUCUUAUUCUUUCAUUUUAAAUUUGUACCUGUUUAUUCAUUAUGUUGCUAGUGUUCGAGCAUUUUAAACGUUUUUAUGCCUCUAUGUAUUCAACUUUUGAACUUCGUUUCAACGUUUAAUCAAUCCGUUAGAUAAAAUAACGUUUUUGUGAUUUUAAUAUGUACAUUUACAACAUUUUCACACUUUAGAAACAUUGAAGUACCAGCGAAUAGUAAUCGAAAUUCAGGUGAUGAGAUCUGUGCUGGAUAUUAAAAAAAAAAAAAAUGAUCGUUUCAAAUUUUGAUGGAUCGUUAAUUUGAUUUCCGUAUAUCGUACUCUAUCGUGCUAGCAAAUUGAUUUUUGAGGUGUAUUUAAAUUUAAUUAUUAUAUUUAUAUAUGUACUUUUACCACCCCGAUUUUAAAAACUUUACUUGUAAUAACAGAAAAUUAUGAUAUUUUUGAUGUUAUUCUACUCCUUUUAUACAUUAUACAUUUUGUUACCUUGAA